AUGCGUCUCGGCUCGACAUCUCGGCUGCUUGCAAUCCGCCAAGCUGUGGUAUCGGCGACACCUGCGGAGCAACUCGACAAAAGAGAAGUUGGUGGUAUCCUCAUCUGUCAAGGCCCCCACGCCACGGGUCCGUGUAGCUACGGCAAAUAUGAGCUUGACAUGUGCCACGACAUGCCACCAGGCUUUAUCAAGAACGCGGCCACUUUUGCUCCUGACGGGGAGGCAUUCUACUGCUUUCCUCGCGUAGGCAGGUGUGCGGACAUAUGCACUUCCCCGACAGACUGCACCUUUGGCGCGGUCUCGUUCGACUCGCCGCUCAAAUACGAUCUGGGUAUCUACAACUGGCAGACCCUGUUCGAGUCGUUCGACUGCCACUUAAAUCAGACUGCUGAUACACUUGGUUCUGCUGCUGCGGCCACUGGCACCGUGGUGUUCUGA